CUUGUGUAUCUUCUGCUGUAUUCGCCUGACUUCAAUCCAAUUGAGCAGGCCUUUCAUUCUAUGAAGGCUUGGCUUCAUCGACAUGAAGCACAAGCUAUACUUCCUGAAGCUCAACCAUGGUUGAUACAUCAAGCCUCGAUGUCUAUCACACCUGAGGAUGCAGAGGGGUGGAUCCUGAACUCUGGGUAUGACUGA